UUAUGCAGUGUCCAUUCAAAAUUUAAUGUAUGGUUUUAGGCUAUUUAUCAAUGAAGAUUUGAAGGACAUUGAAGAUUAUAAAAAUAGAUUUGAUCCAAGUCAACUAAGCCUUGUGACUUGCAGUCAAAGGUUGAGUCAAGUCUCUUAUUCUGCCCAACCUACUUCAGAGGAUAGAUUUCUUUAUAAUGCUCAAGUUAAAUCAUUAAGUGAACUUUGUGAGUUGAAAAAGGAAUGUGUUUGUGUGGCUGUUGCCAUGAUAACCAAGUUCUUAGUUGGCAAUGGUUGGAUAUAUGAAAGUUGCCCAAAAUGUAACAAGAAAGUGGAAUGUGAGAAAUUUCCAUACACCUGUCAAGGUUGUGGAAAUGAAAGUGCAACAAUUGUGGCCAGGGUAUGUAUUUAAACUUGUGUUUCUUAUAUUAGACAUGUAUGUAUAUGUUUCCAAUUCAUGUGUCAUUAAAUAAUCUAUGAUAACUUAAGUUAAAUCAUGCUAUACUAUAUAGGUUUCAAUUGGAAGUGAGAGUUGGCCAACCUAAUGAAACUGCUAACUUUACUUUAUGGGAUCGUGAGUGUAAUGCACUCAUUAAAGAAAGUGCAAGUGAGAUUAAACAACAGAUGAUUGAUGAGGUGUAAACUAUAAUCUAAUAGCUUUAGUUAAUCAUCAUAGUCAGCUUGCGGUGUUUAUAUAUUUGAAUUUGAAUUUGAUGUUAACCCUUGGCAGAAGGUGAAUUUGAUCCAAAGGACAUUGUAGAGGCUAUUGAUAGGAUACUGGGCAAAAAAUUAGCUUUUAGAUUUAAGGCUAUAUGGAACAAUACCCGGUAUUCUGUGUCACAAAUCUCAGAGGAUGAAGAUCUAAUUAUGUUAUUAUUGAAGAGACUUCCUACAUAUGAGGUCAAUAUAAUUAAUAAUCUUUAUGGUUUGUAACAUGACAAUUCCAAAUCUAAUUUUAUUGUUUUUUUUAAUAUAGCUUGCCGGAAUUGAGCCCGAAAUGUCAGAUUCGUUUGUGAAGUAGAGAGAUGAUAUAACCUACACUAUAAGUUAUGGUUUAAUCUAUGUUUAUUAAUACUUAACUUACAGUGAAGGUAACAUUUGUUGUAUUUAUAUAUCACCACAACAACAAUCCUUAUUAGCCCAUGGAGAUUUUGAUCCUGAAUCAUCUAAGUCAGUAACUCCUGCAAAAAGAGGAUUUUUGAUCUCUGAAUCUUAGUUGGAAUCAAUACCAUUUGAAGACUUGUCAUCAAUUCAGUUAUCAUGUUCCAAAUUAUCUAAACAUAUCAAGUCUGAGUAAAGCAUGAUUGGAUAAAAGGAUUUUGAAGCCUGCUAUUUUCUA